GGAAGCCUUAUUUUUAUGUUUAAAUUAUUCUCAAAAAACACAAUUUUUUGAUAUAAUUCUUUUCAAAGAAAAUUAUGUUUUUUCAAAUAUUCGAGCAAGUCAUUUACGUGUUUAAACCUUUAUCUUUAAAAUAAGAUCAUGUUCAUCAUAAUGAAUCAAAAAUUACUCCUUUACUCAUUUUUGGCGUAAACCAUUAUAGAACCAUAGAUAAUGAACAGCCUUAAAGUUAUAAAAUAUAUUUACAAGUAGUGAAUAUUUUAAAAAUAUUUUAUUCGAUUUUAUCUUAUUUAUGAUUCUUAAUUUACAUUAAGGAAAAUUACAAUAUCUCCAUGUGUCGUAAAUAUUUUAAAAAUUUAUGAACUUCUUGACUUUAAAAGUUCGUGAUCAGCGCAGUAUGGUAGUUGAAUCAUAUGUUACAAAAUGAUUCACUGAUUGUUACUUACAGAGUUAUUUUAAAGUUUAUUUACUUGAGAUAAAAUGCCUCUUAUUAUAAUAACUGGUAUUCCUUGUAGUGGUAAAACUACAAGAACAUUACAACUAAAGGAAUAUCUUGAAAACGAAGUGAAAAAACGUGUAGAUAUAAUUACUGAAAUUGACUUCAUAUCUAAAACAGGUUAUGAUAGAAACUCAUUUUAUUCUGAUUCUAAAAAUGAAAAAUGUAUAAGGAGUGAUAUAAAAUCCAUGGCACAAAGAAUAUUAAAUCCAAAUGAUGUAUUAAUAAUAGAUGGUAGCAAUUAUAUUAAAGGAUAUCGCUAUGAAAUAUAUUGUAUGUCAAAAUUAUAUAAAACACCACAAUGCACCAUACAUUGUGAUAUACCUAUUGAACAUGCUUGGUUAUGGAAUGAAAAAAGACCAGUACCAGAACAAUACAGCAGGGAAAUAUUUGAUGGACUUGUAAUGAGGUACGAAACACCAGAUAAUAAAAAUCGAUGGGACGCUCCAUUAUUUGCAGUGAUGCCAGAAGAUGAUUUAAAAUUUGAUGAUAUUUAUAAGUCGCUUUAUGAAGUUAAAGCACCUAAACCAAAUCAAAGCACACAAUGUCCACCUUUAUCGUCUACAAAUUAUUUGUAUGAACUGGAUAGAAUAACGCAAGAUAUCACUAACGCAAUAUUAUCAGCAAAACAAUUAGGAAUUGAGAAUGAUAUAAAAAUUCCUCAAUAUGGCUUAACAGUACAAAAAACAGGUAAUACACCUCAAAUGAUGAGACUACGAAGACAAUUUUUAACAUAUAGCAAAAUGCAUCAAAUUAAUAUUAAUCAAAUAGCUCUACUAUUUGUACAAUAUCUUAAUAAAAGCUUAUAAUUUUAAAA